CAAACUAGCGAUGCUAGUGAUUUUUAACAGGCUGCAGGAUUAGAGGUUAUUUUGCGUAUAUUGUUAUCGUAAUAUAUAUCGGUUUUGAAAACUCGCGAAAUGAUUUCUGCCUUCAUUUCACAAAGAGUUCCAGUGACGUUUGUCGCUGGCAAAUUCUACAAACCGUGUUUUCGUACCAUAAGUAAAAGUUCUUCCGACAACUCGGUAGAAAUUAAUACUGCAGUGGAAAAUGACAUGCCUAUCGAAAUUAAAAAUCCCUAUGUAAAGGAAAAACAGCAGUGUAUCCUAUGUAGAUUGGGUAUUGAUCCAGAUUAUAAGAAUAUAAGAUUGCUUUCGCAGUUUCAAAGUCGAUAUACAGGCAGGCUGUAUGGAAGGCACAUAACUGGGUUGUGUAAAAAUAAACAAAUGAAAUUAGAACAAGAAAUUGCAAAAGCUCAAAGUGCAGGUUUGAUGGGUUACUGGACGAAAGAACCAGAAUAUGUUAAAGACCCAAAACUAUUUGAUCCAAAUCACCCAUUUAGGCCACACAAGUAUUAAGCGAGUGAUAUUACGUAGCUAUAUACAUGUGUACGUACAUUCAUGUUUAUACAUAAACGACAAAUAAGAUGACAAGUGAGAUGAUUAUAGUGCAUUGUAUUAACGCCACCAAAUUUUUAUUUAUUUAAAGAAUUUGUCGUAUUUACGCCAAAUGAAACUUUUAUGUUCGAUUAUACAUAACGAAUAAUUUUGCCAGCUGAAUGUUAAAGUGAUUUUAUAGAAUACCAUAUGCAAAUCUUGUAAUAUUAUAAUAUAAAUUUGUACUGUUAUUGGAUACCAAAUAGUUUUUUAAGAUAACACGAAAAUUAUCAUCAUUACAAACAUGGAACUAUAUGAUUUGUUUUACAUAACUUAAUUCUUUAAAUUGUUCUGCAUAUAAAAGUGUAAGACAGUGUAGUUACAGAAAGAAAAUAAAUAGUUUAUAUAAUA